AUGACUAAAAACCAAAGGCCAAUUCCUAAAAGUAGGAGAUCUUCUUCAUACGAUCGAAGAAUGAUUCGAUCCAGAACCAAUUCUGUCACAUCAAUGGAUUCAUCAGUUAGUCAUUUAUUAGAUGAUAACAAUUUUGAAAUGUAUUCAGGUGCAGCUUCUGAAGUUAUCCCUUCAUCAAUUACAUCAUUACAUUAUCCACAUAAUUUUGGGAAUAGAAGAGAUUCUCGAGUAUCAGGAGAAAAUUCACCCUUACUUUCAGCUGAUGAUAAUGACGUUGAUUUAAGAUCGGUUAAAUCAAAUAUUUCAAGAAAUUCAAAUGAUACUCAGGCUCAUUUCAAAUUUUUUUCACCAGAUGAAAUUGAAAUGGCUCAAGGUGGGUCUACUUUAGAAAAUCCAGAUGAUCCAGUUGAUUAUAAUACUCCAUGGGAUUACUCUGUUGAUAAAUAUGAAGAACCAGAAGAAGCUUUAAUUGAUGAAGAAUUAGGGUACCAGCGUCAUGCUACUGAAUCCCCUGAUUAUGGAUCAAUGGAUUAUGAACCAAGAGGAAGAAGAGAAUCCGAUGCAAGUAGUAGUAAAGAUGUGGAAGAUGAAGAUCGUGAAGAUGCUAGUAAAAUAAAUGAGAACUUUCAUAAACAAUUUCCUGCCAAAAACUUUUAUCAAAGAUAUUAUUUAGCUGAAGAGGAUUUGGUUAUUGGUAUUGCUGGGUAUAGAGAUAAUUGGUUGAAAAAAGUAAUCUAUAAUAUAUUAUGUAUUGGUACUUUUGGGAUAGCAUAUUUAAUUUUGAGGUGGUUUCCAAAAUAUAGAAUCAAUAUAAUGGGUACCAAAUGUGCUUUGGGAGCGGCUGAUUGGUGUGUCAUAGAAAAUGAGUUUGGAGAAUUACAAAUUCAACAAAUUACAAGCAAAAGAUUUGAUGAAAAAUUAUCUGAUUUUUUGAUAAACUCCGAAAUUGAUAUAGAAAAAGAUCCAGUUGUACCAAAUAUUCAUUUUUUCAUUUAUAGAUAUAUCAAGUUUUUCUAUGAUCCAAUGGAAGAUAUUUUCAGAACUAAUUCAAAUUGGUAUGAUGGAAGGUGGUUGAAUAUCAAAAAUUUAAAAGAUGGUAUUUCACAAGGUACAUAUGAAGAAAGAAUAAAAAUCUUUCAAGAAAAUUCAAUCGAAGUUCAGGAAAAAUCAAUUGUACAAUUAUUAGCUGAUGAAAUAUUGCACCCAUUUUAUAUUUUUCAAGUGUUUUCCAUUUUCUUAUGGCUUGCUGAUGACUAUUACUAUUAUGCAUCUUGUAUUUUCAUUAUAUCUAUGGUAUCUAUAAUAAACUCAUUGGUUGAAACAAGAGCCACCAUUAAAAGAUUACAACAAAUUUCAAAAUUUGUAUGUGAGGUGAGAGUAUGGAGAAAUGAUUUUUGGAAACAAAUUGAUUCAACGGAUUUAGUACCUGGGGAUAUUUUUGAAAUUGAUCCUUCAUUAGCUACUAUUCCAUGUGAUGCGCUUCUAGUAAAUGGUGAAUGUGUUAUAAAUGAAUCUAUGUUAACUGGAGAAAGUGUUCCUGUUUCAAAGAUAAGUGCUACAAAAGAUGUAUUAAAAUUAAUACCCGAGAAUUUUAUUGAUCCAAAAUUAUCAAAAUCUUAUUUAUUUAAUGGUACUAAAUUAUUGAAAAUGAAAUCAGGUAAUGAUGAGCCAGUUACAGCAAUGGUGUUGAAAACAGGGUUUAAUACUACUAAAGGUUCAUUAGUUAGAUCAAUGCUUUUCCCUAAACCAACUGGAUUUAAAUUCUAUGAAGAUUCUUUCAAAUAUAUUGCUUUCAUGACAGGAAUUGCUUUUAUUGGUUUUACUUACUCAACAUAUAAUUUCAUCAAAAUUGGGUUAAGUAAAAAAGUUAUGAUUUUAAGAGCAUUGGAUAUCAUUACGAUUGUUGUUCCGCCUGCUUUACCAGCUACAUUAACAAUAGGUACUACUUUUGCUAUAGCAAGAUUGAAGAAACAUCAAAUAUUCUGUAUUGCACCAACUAGAGUCAACAUUGCUGGAAAAAUUGAUGUUAUGUGUUUUGAUAAGACUGGUACUUUAACUGAAGAUGGAUUAGAUAUAUUGGGGAUUCAUUUAGCUAAUAAUGCGAAAGGUAGGAAAGAAAUUGUAUUUGAAGAUUUAAUAACUGAUAUCAAGAAUUUGAAAACAAUAAGAAGUUCAGAUCAUGAAACUAAUAAUGGUAAAUUUUUACAAGCUUGUAUGGCAGCAUGUCAUUCAUUAAGAAAUAUAGAUAAUGAAUUAAUGGGAGAUCCAUUAGACGUUAAAAUGUUUGAAUUUACAAAAUGGGAUUACAGUGAAGACUCAACAUCUGGUAUACCUAUAGUUUCAAGUCAUAAUGGAAAAUAUGAAAUUCAAAAAGAAUAUGAGUUUUCUGCACAAUUGAGAAGAAUGUCAGUAUUGGCUAAGCGUAACAAUAGAGGUUUCAUAUUUACGAAGGGGGCACCUGAAAUAAUGAUGGAUAUUUGUUUACAAGAAUCUAUUCCUUCUAAUUUUGAAGAAUUGUUACAUCAUUAUACUACAUCCGGGUUUAGAGUUAUUGCUUGUGCUUAUAAGCAAACAACAAAUUUCAACCAAGAAAGAUUAGAUGCAGAAAAUGAAUUGAUUUUUACUGGGUUUAUUGUUUUUGAAAAUAAAUUAAAAGGUUCAACAGCAGCUACAUUAGAAACAUUGAAUGCUGCAAAAAUAAGAACAAUAAUGUGCACUGGUGAUAACAUUUUAACAGCUAUUAGUGUUGCUAAAGAGUCCAAACUUUUACCACCAGAAGUUAAACACAUAUACAUACCAUCAUUAGAGUAUAAAGAAGAUGACAGACAACAAUUAACAUGGCAAGAUGUAAAUGAUCCAGAAAAUAAAUUAGAUCCAGACACAAUAAAACCAAUAGAUAUACGACAAAGUUCAAAUUUCAAGUUAGCAAUCACUGGUGACAUUUUCAGAUAUCUUUUAACAGAAUUAAAAGAUACUAAUGUUAUACAGUCGGUAUUAAUGAAUUGUGACAUAUUCGCAAGAAUGUCACCUGAUGAGAAACAUGAAUUAGUUGAACAAUUACAAAAAAUUGAUUACACUGUUGGAUUUUGUGGAGAUGGUGCUAAUGAUUGUGGUGCAUUAAAAGCAGCAGACGUUGGGAUCUCAUUAUCUGAAGCUGAAGCAUCAGUAGCUGCUCCUUUCACUUCAAGAAUUUUUGAAAUUUCAUGCGUCUUGAACAUUAUAAAAGAAGGUAGAUCAAGUUUAGUUACAAGUUUUUCAUGUUUCAAGUAUAUGUCAUUAUACUCAGCAAUUCAAUUUAUUUCAGUUACUAUACUUUAUAAAACAGGUACUAAUUUAGGUGAUUUUCAAUUUUUGUACAUUGAUUUAUUUUUGAUUUUACCGUUGGCUAUCUUUAUGUCUUGGUCAAAACCUUAUAAUAAAUUAGUUAUCAAAAGACCAACUGCAAAUUUAGUAUCGCCAAAAGUAUUAAUACCGUUAGUUUGUAAUAUAAUGGUACUUUUAGCUUUCCAAAUAAUAAUAUGGCUUUGGGUUAAAAAAGAACCUUGGUAUAUAAAACCAAUCCCAGGUAGCGAUGAUGCAGUUAAAUCUUCAGAUAAUACAGUGCUAUUUCUUUUUUCAAAUUUUCAAUAUAUUUUAAUUGCAGUUGUUUUAAAUCAAGGGCCACCAUACCGUGAACCAAUUGAAAAAAAUCUACCUUUUUUAAUUAAUUUGGUUGUUGCUACGUUAUUAUCAAUUUCAUUAUUCUCAAUAAAUGGUAAUUCAAGCUGGGGUGAUCUUUUACAAUUGACCAAUUUAAGUUUUGCACUCUAUUGGUACAUCUUGAUUUUAUCAGCUAUAAAUUUAUUGAUUUUGAUUAUUGGUGAUAAGAAUUGGUUUCUUAAAUUAGCAACAGUUUAUAAAAACCUUUUCCAACGUCAUAAAAUUGGUAAAAGUAAAAAAUUAUUUAAAAAUUUAAGAAAAGAAUUCAACAAGAUUCAAAGUGUUUAG